AGUUGCGUGUCCAGGGCGCGAGGUCACUCUCCACCUCUUGGAGCUCUCGGCCUUUUUUCCCGCCCCCUACGCCUCUCGGGAUUGGUCGAGGUGGCGUAGGACUGGGGCGGAAUUGGCUGGUAGAGGCGUCAGCCCGCCCUGUUCCGUACCGUGAAGCCUGGAGGGAAUUCUGAGUCCCUGAGCUACGGCGGGCGGCGGCGGAAGUGACCAGAGGAGUCCCGCCCCGGCUCGGCCGGCACCAUGCUGCCCUUAUCCUUAUUGAAGACAGCCCAGAAUCACCCCAUGUUGGUAGAACUAAAAAAUGGUGAAACCUACAAUGGGCACCUUGUGAGCUGUGAUAACUGGAUGAACAUCAAUUUGCGAGAGGUCAUCUGUACAUCCAGGGAUGGUGAUAAGUUCUGGCGCAUGCCUGAAUGUUAUAUCCGAGGCAGCACCAUUAAAUACUUACGGAUUCCUGAUGAGAUUAUUGACAUGGUAAAAGAAGAGGUGGUGUCCAAGGGUAGAGGCCGAGGUGGUGUACAACAGCAGAAGCAGCAGAAGGGGCGUGGAGCAGGUGGAGCUGGCCGAGGUGUGUUUGGAGGCCGAGGCCGAGGAGGCAUUCCGGGCAGCGGGAGAGGGCAGCAGGAGAAGAAGCCAGGCCGGCAGGCUGGAAAGCAGUGAGACUGAUGGGAAGACCCUUUGCUGCUGCCCUGUACUUGCCCUUGUGAUUUGGAGUUGCGUUUCUAAUUUUCAGUUAAUGAAUCUUUUUAAAAAAGGAAAGUUGGGGGCUGGGCAGGUGUUGGGGGGAAAUCCCAUCAAUCACAUCUUUUGUAAUUCUUUCAAAUUGUCUUCUUUAGGUAAAGUUAGGGUAUUCUUUCCUCACAUGUUUUAGCUGCCCUUCUAGAGUUAGAAAUGUGCUGAUACUAUUCAUUUUUUUUAUAUUCUUGGUUCCAAGGAACUUGAUUCCUAAGAAAAGUUCAGUGCUAUUUCAUCUUAAAGAUUCUGAACACUUUUUUUUAAGUAUAGCUGAAUGUAGUGUGCCUUGUUCCUGUUUUUAGAAUAUUUCAGGCAUUUCCAGAGGGGUUUUAUUAUACUGCCGUCUGUCUUGUGAUGUUUGCUUUAGGAUUUGGGCAUUUCUGACACAUGGCAGGUUUUUUCCUUCAAAGUUACAAGCCCUGAAACUGUCAGGGAUGUGUUUCCUUUAGUACGUUCCAGCCUUGCUGCUGCUGCUUCUUUUGUCGUUGUUGUCUUUUUUUUUUUAACUAAAAAUAGGGGUUGGAACUUGUUUCAGAGAAUAAUUAUCAGAGUUGUUUUCCCGUUCUCCCAGUAUUUGUUUUGGGGAAACCACUUGAGUUUGUGACUGAAAUAAAAGUAAUACAACCAUAA